UGAGGAGUCUAGUGUAGGACGACAGUGUCCGCAGCCGCCGCAGACUCCGCAGACUCCUCGGCGUUAAAGCAGACGACAGGCGGCCGGAGCUCCGCUGACCCGUUUCCACAAGCUACUGCUCGGAUUUUUCCCCCCUCUGCCAACACCAAAAUUUGGAUCAACUUGGUGGAGCAAAAGAGGAAAACCUGAAUCUUUGCCUAAAUGGUGGAGUCCUGAUGUGAACCUUGUUCUUCCAACCCCCCCUCCUGGCAGUUGUGAGCCUUUUUGGCGUUUUCUCUAACUAGAAGAACUGAAAAAGGAGGUUAUCACACUUGGAGCCCUUUCUUGAACACCAGCAUAAACAUAUUUGAAGGGUUAAUAAAGUCUUGAGGAAGUGUAUGACCAAGCGUUUCUCUCAUACCUCUGUGUGACAUGGCGAAGAAGAACAGCCAAAAGGAUACGUCUGGGGUGGUGUUUGACACUCGCUCUAAAAUGGUCAUGUCCCAGGGAGGAACAGCUGAGAGGAUGAAGGAGAAGAUCAGUGCUGUCCGGGCAGUUGUCCCCAACAAAAGUAACAAUGAGAUUGUGCUGGUGUUGCAGCAUUUUGAGAACUGUGUUGACAAGGCCGUUCAAGCUUUUUUAGAAGGUAGUGCAGUUGAGAUCCUGAAGGAGUGGAAUGUCACUGGCAAAAAGAAGCCCAAGAAGAAAAAGAAGCCCAAGCCUCAGCCAGAGGCCUCAGCAGACCCUGCGCCACCUGAGACCACAUCGCCUGAGGAGGGCAAGGAUGAGAUCAACGGCUUUCAUGCCAACGGAUCAGUAAUGGAUGGAGAGUCACUGGAUUCUCUGAGCGAACAGUUGGACUCUGCCUCCCUGGAUGCAGCCGAGCUGGACUCUGAACCCGCUACAUCCGAAACCACCGGUGCAGAAGCAGAAAGUCAAGGUAGCGCUCCAAGUCCCGCCUUACAGCAAGGAGGAAGGAAUCACCAGGGUCCCAGAGGAAACAAGAACCGACACAGGCCAGGCUCAAAUUCACAUCCACCCACUUCCUCAUUAACACCCACCCCUGAUGAGCAAGGAUCGUCAGGAGUUAAGAAGAUAGCUUCCAACAUUGACCGCUCUGUGAAGGACCUGCAGAGAUGCACUGCCUCACUGACUCGCUACAGGAUGGUGGUCAAGGAGGAGAUGGACUCCUCAAUCAAGAGGAUGAAGCAGACGUUUGCUGAGCUCCAGAGCUGUUUAAUGGACAGAGAAGUGACUCUGCUGGGAGAAAUGGACAAAGUGAAAGCUGAUUCCAUGUUGAUUUUGGACGCCCGGCAGAAGAGAGCAGAGGAGCUCAGACGGCUGACAGAUCAGUCGGCGUCAAUGUCUGAGGAACAGUUGACUGAACUGCGUGCAGACAUCAAGCACUUUGUCAGUGAGCGUAAAUAUGACGAGGACCUUGGGAAAGCUGUAAGAUUUACAUUUGAUCUUGAACCGCUGAAGACGAGCAUCUCAGGGUUUGGAUCAGUUUAUCAUCCGCGUACAGGCUACUCAAAUCGGUCCCGUUGCAGCUCCACGUCCUCUUCUGUUGCCAGCCCGAGCCUGCUUGAAACUCCUCCUCCACCCACCCAGACCCAAAGCACCCCCAGUGAAAACCGCCCUCCACCAAACAAACAGAUUUUCCAGGGCAACAGGCGUACUUUCCAGGGACAAGGGUAUCAGCGGUAUAACGGCGGUUCCUACCACGACAGGAACGCCGGUCGCACUAACCACCGCUAUCAGAGUGACGGCGGCUCUUCUGGUCCUACUUCACAGCACUCUAACAACUCAAGAGGUCCCUCCCGUUCCUCCACGUCCUCCUACAACCAAGAACGACCCUCUCACAACGGGCUGCCCCAAAGGCCUCCCCGGACGCACUGCCCUUGACAUUGGAAACCCGCGUUCUCAAUCACCCCCAUCUACUAACCCUUGCACUCCCGCGCCCAUACCCUACACCCCCCCCCCCCCACCCCACCCCCUCCUACUAACUCCUUUCAAUGAAGAAUAGAAUACAAGUUUACAUAUUUCUGUCAGUUGAGCUGUAGUGCCACCUCUCUGCAUCUACCCGUUCAUCCCUCAAACUUGAAAAGCUCUAACUGUUCUGUAAUCGCUCUUCCUUUUGCAUUUCGCCCAUCCUGGUUAAGGUAACAGCUUCUAUCUUUAGCCCCCCCCCCCCUUUUGAGAGGUCUCAUUGCUAUGCUAUUGUCAGUAUCUGUUAUUAAUUUCGGCAGUUAAGCAGACUGACAGGAUUACCUGCAACAAUUUGUGCACUAUUGAGGUUGAACUCUUAGUACUAUUUCUAUUUUUGCUGUGGCUUUUGUCAGCUCUCUGAUUUGCACCUCAAAUCUUUUUCUUUUUUUGUUUCCCAGAACCAUUUCAAUGCCUUCACUGUGGAAAGUGUAGUGAAAGUACAAACGUAGUUCUAACAUUAACAGGGAAUUUUGUCAUCAGGAUAGAAGACAUGCAAUCAACACUACAGACUUAUCGUUAAUCUUUAAAAGGUAGAAAAUGAAAACAUAUCAAACUGUAAUCCAGAGCUUUUUUUUUUUUUUGUAUGGCUGCUACAAACAUUAGGGGAACUUAACGGUUUUUGUCUUUGAGAGUAAAUCUCUGAACGCAGAGGUUGCCCUCUUAACGGAAUAGUUUGACAUUUGAGAAAUAGGUCAUUGCUUUUCUUGUCGAGAGUUAGAUGAGACGGAUCGAUACCGCUCUCACGUCUGUAUGUUAAAUAUGAAACUCGCCAGCAUACACUUAGCAUAAAGACUGGAAAAGGCUUUUGUUUUCUGUCCUAAUGUAACAGAGUCCGCCUACAAGCGCCUCAGAAGCUCACUAAUGAACACUUUCUAUCUUGUUUGUUUAUUUUCUACAAAGACUGAAGUGUUGAAACUACAACUUGUGGCUUUACUGGAGGUUAUAGCCAAGCUAGCUGUUUCCCUGGACGUCUAAGUAAACUAAGAUAAUCUAAUCAGCUGCUGGCUGGAGCUUCGUACUCACCACACAGAUGUGAGAGUGGUAUCAAGCUUCUCAUCUAACUCCCUGCAAGGAAGUAAAUUGCCCCAUUUCACCAAGGUGUCGAACUACUCCUUUAAAUGUUGUCUUCGGUCAGUGACGUAUCGCCCUCCCACUGGCCAACGGAGUUAUCUUGAAUGCUGUUGUUCUCGGCUUGCUGUUCAUUAUUUUACAACCAAGAGAGGGCUGAUUAUUAUUUGUGUUGUGGAAUGCUGUUAAAUGAUACGUUAAAACUCGAAAGAAAGGAAACUGUCCACAUGCUGUUUUAUAGUUCUCGACAUUUAUUCCGAUGGAUCUUCUUCCACGCGCACUGUUUGCUCCUUUUGUGUUUUUGUUGUUAAAUGCACACGAAUGGCAUAUUAAUGACGUGCUUGCCUUUUUAGUCACAGAGAGACUUCACAUUUGCCUUUCUAGAGACUUGGAUGUCUGCAUCAUGACGGCUUUCUAAUCAGAUGGUACUGGUAGAGCGAGACGUGUGACUUAUUAAUAUAUGUGUGAGAAUAAGAUGCAAGAUCUUUUUCUUCCCCUUUUUUUAUACACUCACUUUAUCCCGUCUGUGAAAGUAAAAUUGAUCAAACUGCAUUGGAAAGGUUGUAUUGAUGUCACAGAUUUCUUUUCUACGGCUGCCAAGUAGAUGCUUCAAGGCUGUUGUUGGGGGUCAAGUCUCAUCGUAGUGUCCACGGUUUGAGAACAAAAAGCAGGUGAAUACCUCAUUGCUGAUCUUUUGACACGGCCUGUUUUCUCACAGUGGGCUCUUAUUAAGGGACAGGGACCCCUGGUGAUUCCUCAUCACUUAUCUUCUUGUAGUUAUGUACAUACAGUUGGUGGAGCUGCAAAGGCUGUAGUGUAAAACUGGUUGUUACAUUAUUGCUGCAUCUUCUUCAUCAUGUGUCGUCUUCCCUCGUGCAGACUUUUUUUUGGGGGGAAAAAAAUGAAAUUAAAAUGUUAUUUCCCUUUUCCCCUUUUUGUUUUCUCUUGAGUUUUCUGAUCAUAGGGAGAUUUUUCAUAUUAUUUGAGAUUUAAAAAAAAAAAAUCUUUAUUCCCGUAAUUAUAUUAGUUAAUAUUGUGGAGAAAAGAGUGCUUACAUCUUAGCAGUCUUUGGUAAAUAUGUGCUGUAAAGACACAUAAAUAAGUUACCUUUUGACUUAAAGCAGUAGUUCAACAUUUUAGGGAAAUGCCCUCAAUGCCUUUCUUACUGUUUGAAAUCUCUUCCGAUAAAACUUAAAUCUCACCUUUUGUGUUGCAAAGAUCCUUGUUGCCCCGUGUGGCUGCAGUUCUUCACCACUUGUAGUUGCAGUGGGUGUUUUCCAGCCUCAGGGGGCAGUAACGAGCCCAUUACGGCUUGGCGCACCGCAAUAAGGCAAAGAAGACGCAACACUACACUACUUAUUUGCUUAUGAUAAAACGGCACAUUGCCAUUUUGACACUAUUUUUGUACAUAUUAAACAAAGAAACAUAAAUGUUAAUUAGUGAGCUCUAAGUGUGGUGGGCAGAUUUAGUUUCCUUUGUAGACGGAGUUGUUUCCAGUCUUUCUGCUAAGCUAACUGGCUGCUCUAGUAUCAUCAUAUGUGGAAUCAGUCGUCUUAUUUUGACACAAAUUUCUCCUUUUAGUCCCCAUUACUGUGGUGGCGUCCCCGUACAACAUGUACACGUUUGACUGCAAGCUGUCAUAAGAAGUGUACAGUUUUCUUCUUAUCACAUUUACUUUCUAUAAUGUUACUUUUUACAAAGAUGUUUAGGAAAUCAGGAAGAACCUGUGCACUUAUCAGCUACUAAAAACCGAAUGAGAAACACCCGAGCCUUUACUUCAUGAAGAGUGAUUUGAUUUCUUUAUUAGUAUAAUUGGUCUGUGAUGUGAUGCAGUUUCAGUUUUGGCCCUCCAAAGGGAAAAAGUUUGGGUCUAACUAAUAUGUAAAAUGUGAAUAAAGCUAAAAUCGCCGGCCAUAUAAGGGACCUUCUUCAUUAACUGGGGGCCACUGCCUAACAUUAAACCAACUACCUUUCGCUGCUGUCACACUCAGCAGUCGGUGCGAGUUGCCACCACAGUAAUGGCUGAACACACACACUAUAUACUCGCAGUAAGAAAGCAGUGUUAUUUCCUAAAAUGUCAAAUUAUUCCUUAAAGUGCUUUCAGAGGCGGUAACUUUAUAAUGUCACCAAGACUUUGAUUGACGACGUUGUGGGGUGGGGGGGUGGGGGGGUGGGGGACAACAAUGUACCACAUUUCACAACUCUGCUUAAUGAUGGUUUGAAUUAAUCAAAGCUGCAGGACAGGUGAUAAACAAAUCAUCUUUUAUUCCAGCAUUAUCUCUAGAAGUUAGAGGUGCUGAACUUGUUCAAUCAAGACUCAAAGAUAGUAGUUUUUUUUUCUCAUCUGAGAUUUUGUCUGUCUCACUUUUUUCUUUUUGUUUUACAUUCCAAACUGUAGGAAUAUUAGGUUAUCGCCAAAGAAAUGAUUUUCGUCCUGUUGCUGCCUUUUUUUUCUUUCUUUCCUUCCUCUGCCUGUAAAGAAUUCCAAAGGGGAUAAAUCCAACACUUCACUUAUUCUUCCUUCUAUCGCUCUUAAUUUUCCUGAUUCCUUACUGUAUAUACAUAUAUGUAGCUAUAUAAUUUUGUGCUCACAUGGAGCAUUUUGUAUGUGAUAUUCAUAUUAGUCAUAAUGGAGGUUAACAUCUAGCAUCAUCUUCCAGUAGAUCUCCCCCCCUCCCCUCCCCUCCCCCCGGAGUCCUACUCAAGACAACCUUUCUGAGACAACUGUAAACUCAAGUGCCUUUUCUUGUCUCCCACCAAUUCAUUGACAUCCCCUCCACCAAAAUAUGGACCAAAGACAUCGACCGUCCCCGACAACCCCUCUCUGCUCUUUCUCCCACUCACUGAAUUGCACACUUUUCAUUUACUACGAAUAAACAGUUUGCAAUACUGA